GGGGUCAAAGUCGGGCUAGUAGAAGUGUUAAGGAAUUGAGAGUUCAAACACCUUUAGCCACUUCAAUUAUAGCUAACUUCUAGUUGCUUAUCCAAAUUCCAAAUAAUCCAAACCGAAAACUGUCCUCGAUAAUUUCAAGUGACGCCAUUAUUUAAUUUAACGAUAUCAUAUCAUAUUGACAUUCGCGUUUUUUUUUUCGAAAAACAAAUCAUUACCAUCUACCGUGAAUUGACAUUAUAUAGUGUUAUUAUUAUAACAUUUGUUUACUAAUAUUAGACAGGUUACCAUGGCGACCCAUAAUUAUAUGAACAACGAUGAUCUUCAAAGUCUAUUAGGUACGUCUAGUAUGGAAAAUAAAAUGGUAGUAAAUGCAGAUGAUUAUAAUCAGAAAAAAAAAAUAGAUCCAAAUUAUUUACUAGAUGAUCGAGAACAUAUUAACAAAGUAACUAAAGUAUCGUGGAUUUUAGUCGUAACAACAAUAAGUACUAGUUUAGGCUGUUCAAUUCCUGCUGGUUAUAAUACCGGAGUAGUAAAUUCCCCUGCAGAAAUAUUGAAACAAUGGUGCAAUGAAACUAUCAUGUAUCGAUAUGCUGUACAAUUUUCACCCGCUCAACUUGAUGGUCUUUGGUCUAUACUGGUUUCCGUAUUCUUGAUUGGCGGCAUAAUUGGUGGUGUAGCUGGUGGUAAAUUAGCAAAUUCAUUGGGCAGGAAAGGAACUUUACAACUUAUAUACCUGAUUAAUUUAAUAUCUGGUAUCCUAUUUUUUAGUUCUAAAUCAUUAGCUCAUGUAGAAUUAUUUUUCAUUGCAAGACUUUUAUCUGGUCUAUCCGCUGGCCUCACUAUGGCAAUGGUACCGAUGUAUUUAUUAGAGUUAUCGCCUCCCGAUAAGAGCGGUGUAUUUGGUGUGAUGUUUACAGUAGGUUUGAACUUUGGUGUAGUAUUAUCUCAAUUUUUAGGCAUGGGAAAUAUUUUAGGAAAUGAAUCAUCGUGGCAUUACUUAUUUAGUUUGUAUGGAAUUUUAGUAUUAUUAGCACUUUCUACUUUAAAAUUUGUUCCUGAGAGUCCUAAAUACUUAUAUACUGUAUGCAAUGAACACAACAAAGCAUUAUCAGAACUAAGCAAUUUAAGAGGAAUGCCAAUAUCUGAUAUAAGUUGGGAAUUAGAAAAUUUGCUUAUUUCUCCUGAAAGAUGGACGUUUAGAAGGGUUAUGAAAGAACCUUCUAGCCGUAAAGCCAUUAUAAUAACCUGUAUAAUAAUGUUGGGACAACAACUUUCUGGAAUUAAUGCAGUGUUUUAUUAUUCUACGUCAAUAUUCAUAAAUGCAGGCAUGAGCACUGCUAAUGCUCAAUAUGGAAAUUUAGGCGCAGGAGUAAUAAACUUUAUUGUAACUAUUCUAUCAGCAACAUUUAUUGACAAUUUUGGACGCAAAACAUUGCUGUUAUUUAGCAGCGCUAUUUGUGUAUUGAUGCUCACAGCGUUGAUGAUUUCAAUGCUUUUAUCGUCUAUUGGUACAAUACCUGGAGUAUCUUAUUUUUUGAUAGUAUUCGUUAUUGGUUAUGUCUUAUUCUAUGGAUUUGGAUUAGGACCAAUCCCAUUCUUUAUUGGAUCUGAAUUAACCGAUGUUGGGCCCAGACCUAUUUUAAUGUCUGCAAUGAGUGUUGCUAAUUGGUCUGGAAAUUUUUUAGUUGGACUUACAUUUCCUUUUGUUUGCCUAAUUCUCAAACAAUACUCUUUUCUUCCAUUUAUCGUAUGCACCGUAUUUUUAAUUAUAUUUACAUGGAAAGUGGUUCCAGAAACCAAACCAUCUAUUGACCAACAGAGUGUUGAUAGUGAAUAAAAGCCGAGAUUUUAUUAUUUUACUUAAAUGUUUUAUUAAAAAUUAUUAUUGACUGUGAUUGUAUAUUAUCUAUAGAACGUUUACAAUAAUCGAAUUUAAUUGAUGUAAUAUAAAUCUAUACUGAAUUUUUCAUGUUAAUUUAUUAACAUUUAAAAGAUUUAUUUGUUUAA